AUGGCCAACGGGACGCAGUACAACGUGGCAUACUACUUAGCCGAUGGGAUAUACCCUCGUUGGCCCGUGUUUGUCAAGACGAUCCGGCAGCCGGUUGGGCCGAAACAAUCCUAUUUUGCGGCCAAACAAGAGAGUGCUAGGAAGGACGUUGAGCGUGCUUUUGGUGUCCUCCAAUCGCGAUGGGGCAUUCUUUGGUGCCCGGUUCGACAAUGGCACGAAAAUGAUGUCGCCUCCAUCAUGUAUGCAUGUAUCAUAUUGCACAAUAUGAUAAUAGAGGACGAAGGAUAUUCUGCAGAGAAAUGGGCACCGGAAGAGGGUGCAAGUACGAGUCACGGUGUUGCAAUCGCCCCACUGCAGAUGGGUGUACCGCGUAGUGAUGCAUACUUGAUCCAACGGUUCGCCGAUAUGCGGAGGGAAACAUCACAUACGACACUGCAGGCUGAUAUGGUAGAAGAGGUUUGGAAUCGUAGGGGAGGAGGGUGUAGAGCGUGA